CACCAUUCACUCCAACGUCUGACGUCCAACAUGCUGCUGCUGCUCCUGGUCAUUCUGUCCUGCCUGGCGACCGUCAAGGCACAACCUACACCUUGCUGCAUGGAAACCGCUUGGUCAGCAAAAGUGUUUGAUGUUCGCGCGCCCUUCCAGGGAAAUAACAUCAAUGCUGACUUCUACUACGACUACGACAAAGCAGCUACUGCCAUCCAGUACACUGUGUAUGGAUUAAUUGCGAAGUCAACCAAAAUUGUUACGGCCUAUCUAAAGAAUGAACGCUACACCAUCUUGGCCAAUGGAACAUGUACGAAGGACGUGCCAAUAGACGUGCUUCUGCCAAAGUGCAUUCCGAACGACAGUGCAGACAUUGGCUCAAGCUACAUCGGCACUGAAUCAAGUGGGAUGAAGUCCAACAACUGGGUGGUUAUCAACGGUUCUAUCAACAUAACCAUGGGCGUCACCGACCCCGACUGUGUUUUAACCUACUUGGGAGUCAACAACCCGGCAGCAAGUCCUACAGAUACAGAACUAUACUUCAAUGGAUAUAAAACAGGCACCACGGAUCCAACUGCUUUUGACAUCCCCAUCUCCUGUGAAUAAGGGCAGCCACACGUCAUCUUGUAGACCCGAUUGUUGGCUAUCACAAAAUAUAGAAAUGAUGUUUAAAUCAAUAAAACCUAUUUAAAAGUA